AUGUCAAAAUACAAUGUUACUUCAAAGGAAGCAUAUGCAGAAGCAAUUUCUGAUUUAAAAAUCCAGUUUGAUUCGAGGUUCUUAGAUUUCAAAGCUAAUGAAAAAUGUUUUAAUUUGUUUUCAAUUGGAUUUUCAUUAUCAGUUGAAGAUGUCCCAGAAAAUAUGCAAAUGGAGAUCAUUGAUUUACAGAACUAUAAAAUAUUAAAAGAAAAGUAUAUUCGGUUCCGGACCCGGUUUAUACCAACUGCUGCCAGGCAUCGUUCUCCAAUCGAGUGGCAUCCGCCACAAUUCACCAUAGGCCAUAGCACUCCGUUCCGGUUCACCACCGACGAGUUCUUUUCCACCAGAAGUUUCGGUUCAAAAACGCUCGUGGGAGAUGUUGGCGAGCCGGACGUGAUGGCUGAAAACGGCAACUUCGGAGGUGGCAAAACGCAUUUCUGUCAGCUCAACAGCCUGUGGUCCGUGUGGUACGGUCUGCUCGCCACUGUGCUUAACGUCUAUUCCGUUUUGUUGGCCACUCGGAGACUGUCGGAGUACUUGGAAGUAGUAUGGCCACCGAAGAGCGUGCUCCCGCCCCGGUACGAAGUCCACUGCUUCGUGGCCACCAUCGGAAUGGCCGCCGUGCUGGUGCCCCUGGUGGCGUUCACAGCCGUCUUCCGUACCGGAAACAUGGCCAACGACUCGGACAAGCUCGGCAACCUGUUGGACGUCCGCCGCCGCCGCCUGUCGUCCUGCUGGACCCACGGGCCACCGUCCUCUUCCACGCUGCACUCGUUCACGGCACUCGCCCUGCUGGUAGUCAAGCUCAUGAUCGAAGCCAGACUCAUACAGGCCGGUCUCAUGUCCACAAAUAAUAUUUGGAAUACCGACUUGGACUUUCUGGUCCUCGGCGGACAUCAGUCGAGUCCACCCAACAUCACGCUUAAAAAUAUGCACAUCGAACCCAGGACACAGUCGGUGCUCGUCCCACAGUCGUCAUCGCCGUCGACCAAUAGAUCAUAUGCUGCGGAAACUGAUGGGGCCAUGUCCGUCGAGUUUUUCAAUUACGCUAUGGCUUUGUUCAUAUACUGCGGACGGUAUGCUUCCGUUUUUUGGGAAACUAACAAGUGUUUCGCCACGCUUUUCUCGGUCCAGCUAUUCGCCAACGCCAUACAGUGCCUGUCACUGUACCUCUUCACUUGCAUCCUCUACAAGAUGCAAGUGUUGGGCGUCUGCAAAAUGGUGAAGGAACUGCCGGCCGGGCCCACCACGUACCACCUGGUGCUGGAUCACCUGGACACCGCAGUGCUGUUCACCGUCACCACCGUACUGAUAUUCGUGUCCAACUCGAUUGUGUACUACUACGGGUACACGCGGUUCAGCGGGUUCGUCAAGCGGCAGACGGGCGGCCGGAAGACCGUGGCCGACGCCUACUCGAGCCUGAUGCCGUACUGUGCCAGCGUGCUGGCCCUGCUCGCCGUCGUCGCUUCCGAGAGCCCACUGCUGUACAACGCCAUCGUCGUGUUCCGGUCGUCCCUCAACGGCGUCGUGUUGGCGUGCCUGCUCAACUCCACCGCGCACGUGUUCGUCUGGAUAGCCAUGUGGUCCGUGCUCACGCUCAAGCCCUGCUGGGUGUUCAACCUGCACCUGUUCCUGGAGUACGACCCCAGGGGCGGCGGCUGUGGUGGCGGUGCAGGUGGUGCAGGUGGCGCAGGCGGUGGAGGUGACGACGCCCAGCGUGUACCCUUGCUGGUGGUGGCCCAGGGCGCCACGUACUCGCUGACUGAGAAGACGGCCAAACGCAUCGUCACGUCCGUGGUGGAACGCGUGGUCGCCGACUACACGCGUGUCGCUGCGAACUCGGAUAAACACAAGUUUAAAAGAACACCAAAGACAAUGAGCGAUGAACAAAUAUAUUGGCCUAGACCAAAGUCGAGUUCAGGCCGAAGUUGUUUAAGCGAAAUGGAAGACUCGGACGAGCCGUCUGGUUGUUUUGGUUGUAAACGGACAAAGAAAUCUACAAAAGGCAUUCCAAUGCAUAAAAUCGACCGAAGGGGAGUCAGUCCAGAAGACGAUGGCGAUUAUGCGAAGCUUCGCGAAUUGCCGAUGGUCGCUAGGGCCACGAACGAUCACAGCGACGACAAUACGUCCGAGGACACGAAGCUUUUGGACACCGUACGGGAAGGUGUAAUUACGUACGCGAGCGCCAACACAAGAGAGUUGUUUUACUCUCCGGCCACGCCACCGCCCCCGCCUCCGCCCAUUCAGGAAGACAUAAGUUCAGCUGCGGAAUUCCACGCCAGCAAAACCCAAGUGUCCAAGCAACAUCAACAAGUGCGCGAUCACACGUACCGCAGUGGCGUGUACAGCAAAACGUCAGUGGCGGGCCAGCAGGGAUCGCAGCGCGCGGCCGGUCCGACGUCGAUGACGGCCGCCGACGAUUUCGAGGAGGACGACACCGUAAAGUCUGAGUCGGAGGCAUCAGCGGCCGGCCACUCGCCGCAGGCGGCGUGCAGCGGCCACAGCGAGUCGUCCAGCGGCGUGCACUCCAACAGCAGCCACGACACUGCGGCCACCAUGCCGCUGCCGCCGCCUCCGCCGCCGCUGCAGUUGUCGCCGGCCGCGUCCACGUCCACUCUGUCGCCGACGGACGACGAACAGCGACGCCGGGCCAGUUACGGCGGACCUGCAGACCGUGGACACGGUGGUCAUCCGACACAAGGGCGGCCGGGGGCCAAGGCCCGGAAUGCCUCCCGAUCCGUGCACCAGGCCCACGAACGUGUCACUCAGCUCGUUCACGGAACCGCGGGGCGCCCGGAACCGGCCCGGUACCAGCAGCAGCAGCAGCAGAAGAACCUUCAGCAGCAACAGCAGAACCAGAACAACUACCAGCAGCACCAACGGCAGUGGUCGUCGUCGUACAACGCAACCGGCGGUGGCGGCGUCAUCGGAGUCGGCGGUACCAAAACUCCGGCGGUCCGGUCGCGGAACCACUCGACCAUACCCACGCACCACAACGGCGUCAGGCUGUUCCAGCAGCACCAGCAACAGUCGUACGGGCAAUAA